GAGCAUUAGCGGAACUUUCAGCUUGCUAUAGUCAGGAGAAUUGAACGAGGAUUGGCUAUUCUUAACCUCUUUCAUCAGCCGGCAAUACUCGGGGGGUGUUUCAGCCGUGGUAAAGGGCUUUCCCCAUCCGUGGAGUGCUCGCUUAUGGAUGAAGCUGGAACGUGUUCGUGUGUCGCCUGGGAGUGAAUGGGUGCAGGGAUGCAAUUUAAAAUCUGGGCAGGCAGACGAGUUUAAGAAGGGAUACAGCGCUCUGUCGUAGCAGCCGCGUCUCUGAACGCACUUUUUCUCCCGGGAAGGAGUUGUUGUUUCGGGAGGUCCUGGCGGUAUUUGGAGAGGCUCGACUUUAUUCUGCCACAGAUUCAUUCCUCCUCCCCUUGCCUUCUCCCUUGUUUCGGAGGACGCUUCAGGAAUUGGCGAAAGGGGCAUUUCCGCCCCAAGAACCUGCCUGGAUAGCAAUAAGGUGGCCAGACCUACCGUUGAGUUUUAAGGUGGCCAGACCUGCCGUUGAAUAAGGUGGCCAGAACGGACUUUUUCUACACGGCGCCCCUCAGGGAACAAGGCAACAUCUACAAGCCCAACAACAAGGUCAUGGCCGAUGAAAUUAACGAGAAGGACAUGAUCCAUGACGUCCACACCAAGGAAAUCGACCUAGUCAAUCGUGACCCCAAGCAUCUCAACGACGAUGUGGUCAAGAUUGACUUUGAAGACGUCAUUGCCGAACCAGAGGGAACCCACAGUUUUGAUGGGAUCUGGAAAGCUAGCUUCACCACCUUCACUGUGACAAAAUACUGGUUUUAUCGCUUAUUGUCCGCAAUCUUUGGCAUUCCCAUGGCUCUCAUCUGGGGCAUUUACUUUGCCAUUCUGUCAUUCCUGCACAUCUGGGCAGUGGUGCCAUGCAUCAAGAGCUACUUGAUUGAGAUCCAGUGUGUUGGCCGGGUUUAUUCAAUCUGUGUCCACACCUUCUGCGACCCAUUCUGGGAGGCUCUUGGCAAAGUAUUCAGCUCUAUCAGAGCAACAGUACGGAAGGAAAUCUAAGUGACAUUCAAGGAACCUGAAGAGAAGGCCUUCCCUCAUCCCAUUAUUUUGGUGCCAGUCGCAAGAUUGUCAGUGAUGAAUGAAGUGACCAGCACACAACAGCAUCAAUUGAGGACACACCCAGAAUACAACAAAGAAUCAAUUCAGAUUUCAUUAUUACUUAAUUAUUCUUCCUGGAUUUAUAUUCUUCACUCUUUUCUGGAGGAAGGUCAAUCUACAUUUUUUUUUUAAAAGCUCUCUCAUUUCUAUCGACCUAUUUGUUUUGCUGACCCUUUAGUAAACUGACUGAUGUUCUGCUUACCCCUUCCAUUCAUUUGUUGCAAGAUAAAUUUACGGUGAUGUAAUAAAGAACUGCAAGAAUGCUUUCCAGCAAUAUCACACUGCUCAUCAUUUUACUGUGAGCAAAAAGGGUCUAAAGCUAUUGCAGCAUAAUGGACGUGACAAGCAGGCAGAUUUCAAACGAAUGUUCUUUUUUCAGAUGUAUUGUCAGUUGACUGUAACCCUUUUCUGUAGUAGACUAUAUCUGACUGCUCUACACACACACCCCUCUAGAUCUAAAUAAAUAACUUAACUAAUAUAUAUGCUCAAAAGAGAGAGAAACCAAAUGCCUUUAGAAGAAAAGAGCCUUCAAGUCAAGAUAACUUUCAGUGUCCACAAAAAGCUACAGCUGUUGCCGUUGUUUGCUGUGUCCUGUUAUCCAUCCUAAAAGAUUAUAUCAUGUGUCACUAAAAGGACAUAUGUCACUGAAAGGAGUCACCUUCAUUAUUAUUUUUAUACUGAAUUUGACCAACUAUUCCUCUAACUCUGUACAUCAACUCUUGAUUGGUGGCUUUUAUAUGUGGCUCUAGGUCUCAUACACAGAGAGAAUCAUAGAGUUGGAGGAACUUUAGAGACCAUCUAGUCCAGCUUCCUGCUCAGUGCAGGCAUUCCAGAGCUACAGCAUCCCCAGCAGAUGGCUGUCCAGCCUCUGCUUGUGAAGGACUCCAGGAAGGAAGAUCUCUCCCUGCUUCCUGAGAUCUGCUUACUGGAGAUGCCAGGGAUCAAACAUGGAGCUUCAUAUAAUCAUGUGCUUCAUCACUGACCGAUGCCUCCUACAGAUUUUCAAUAUUCGAGAUUAAAAUCAAAGCCAAAAAUGUAUUGUGGAAAUAUCUGUUGGGCUUUGGAUCCAAUUGCCAAAGCAGUUCCAUCAACAGGAUCGCUGUUGCACUGCCCAUAUUGUGUGAUGAUUUAUCCCUAUUAUAAUAGUCAAUGGAUAGAUACUGCGAUGUUCUUUUCUUUUCUUUCUUUUUUUAAGGGAUAGCAAGGUGUAUCCAACUACUGCAGAGUCAUGCCAGCUAUAAACUGGGUUUGAAGGGGUGGUUUGCUCUUGGUUUAUUGUGAGCAGGGCCAGCUUCAAAAUCCCUUGGUCAGCCAAGGUCAGCAUGCUGCUAGUGCAUUCAUGCUUUGCUUAACUUCACACUAAUCCACCAAAGAGUUGCUUUAGCAACACUACAUUGUGAUUCACUUUUUUCUCCUCCUCAGCUGAGCUGUACACAGCAAUCAGGAAGUCUUCAUGGAGGUCAUUUUUGUGAAACUGUCAGUGACUGAACAAUACAAAAAUAAAGCAUUUGUAAGAUUAGUUCAUGCUGUGACCUGAAUGGAGCUUUUACCCGCAUCAUAAUGUACCUGUGGUGUGAGAAUACCCUCAUCAGUUUUGCAUGCAUCUUUUUUUUUUUAAUAGCUGUGAGGUUAAGUUAGCUGAGAUAAGCUUUCUUAUGAAUCCAAACUGAGGAAUUUCAAAGCCUGAUCUUGCUCUUUUGGGGUCAACCCAAGUAAGGUCUUGUUAAGCACAAAACCUGUCAUGGCCUUCCAGGUACAGCCCAAGCAUUAUUUCUGAUAAUACCUGCAUAGUUCUUUAUAUCGUAUGGCUGCUUCAACACUUCUUUUAAAAAUAGUACACUUAGUUCACCAGCACCACCAAACUUGUGACACCAAACCCAAGGAUUCCUAGAAAUCAGCCUCAGUUUUCUAAUUAAAUGCAUUUGUCAUUUCCCUUUUCGCAGGGUGCUUUCAUAAAUUGCCAUAGCAACUGAGGUCAAGCAGGGCUGGGCUACAGCUAAUUACACUGAUCACUCACUGAUCUCUCAGGAUCCAUGCAGACCAGUAUUCUACAACACACCAGGCUACUGGCCGACAUGAUGCACAGCAUACCGGCAGAGUGGAAACUGCGUUGGGGCUGCUACAGACUCAUAAUGUGUCCCAACACUGUUCUGCAAACAGUUACAUCACAGUUAUUCCCAUUUGCCACAAUUGCACAACCACUCAUUCUCAACAGUGUGGGCUGUCUUAUGAAUCCACAGCAGCUUCAGCACGGUUUGCACCAUCGCUAGUAUGCUGUGUAUCAUGUUGGCAACUGUUUCCAAAGACCUUCUUAGUGACCAUUUUCCUAUGCAAUAAAUGAAUAGUUUCCUUUUUCUACAAGGCAAUAGUUCCCAUCUUGUGAAAUUUACAUUUUCCCAGCACUUAUCCUGCAAUACUUUUUUGCUGGCAAAAUGCAAUUCUUUCCCUAGGAAGUGCAUUGAUUGCAAUUUGGAAAGCGGCAUGAAUGGAAUGUUGUUAUUCAAGUUUCAUAGGUAACAACAACUCCUGCUCCAUGCCCCCACCACUUGAUAACUUUUUCUAAAGUCCUACUUAAUUUUAGUUCUAUUUUCAAGUACUUUUAGAGACAGACCUCUUGUCUACUGUAUUCAAGAAAAGUAAUACUCGUUAGCUCUUUACAAUAAACAUAGGAAACAAUGAGCCUUUUCUCAUGAGCAGUGAGAAAGGGCAAGAGGGUUAGCAGGGAGGAAGCCCUAAAGAGCUUAUCUCCUCGAAGAUGGUUGACACUGUCCUCUUCAGUGGGUGGAUAACCAGUAGCUCGGAGGGCCGGAAUGCAUUGCUCUGUGUCGUCCCCCCCCCCCCCCGGAACUCCAAUAAUGCACCGCCCAAGUAUGCAGUGCAUUGUGGGAAUCCCCCUCCCCUCCUGAAAGCUGCCCAGGAUCUUCUCAGUCUGCCAGCCGUGGCUACAAGCAGCCAAGGCUGGCAGACAAUCACAGAAACUGAGUUUAGAGAGCGCUCACUUUCCUAACUUCGUUUUGGAAGGCUGCCUAGGUGGGUUUGCCUCCGAGGCACCACCAUGAUUGAGCCCAAUCCCAGGAGUACACACACACCCCGAAAACCCGGCUGGGCUUCUUUAGCCUGAUUUUCAGUGCACGUGUGAAUAGUUUCACUGUUUCCCUUCAGCAAGGUUCCGCUAUCUUGUUGUGGGGUGGGAAUCCCUUUUCUCCAUUUUUAACUAGGUUCUUUUAAAGUUGUGCCCCACCCACAGCAAGGCUAUUUGCCCCAAGUCUUGUCGACUGUGGACUAUAAUUUCACUGGUGUUGGAAGAGGUGUUGGCACUAGAAGAACACUAAGAAGUCAUUCAGACAAUCAAAAACGGUGUAUGUUCCCAAUUUUCAGUUGUGUGGAAGCAAGGUAGGAGGAGGUUUUCCUCUUACCUUGUUUCCACACAACCAAAAAUUGGGACCACACACAGCUCCCAAACCUGGGUAGAACACAGUAUUUGAUUGUGUAAAUAACCUCUAAGAAUAUGAUCCAUUCAUUUCUGGAAAAGUCUUUAUAAUUGUGACUAGAUAGACUACAGCCCCAGUUUGACCUUAGUUGCGAGGGUACUAUAUGAAAGUCUGUAAGUAGGUGCUUCUGUGUGGUUAUUCACAUUCCACUUCCUGAGGCCUAGGCCGCACUCCAUUUCGACAGAAACCUUGUCACACUGACAAAGAAAACAAAGUUGGGCACUGUUGCCCACAGGAUCUGUUUUACUCAGGGUGCGAGUCACUACUGAAGCCAAUGACAAAAUUCCAGUUAGUUGUCUAUAAUUCUAAACUGUGCCCUCAGUGUUGUAACAGGUCCACAAAGAUCAGAGAAAACAUCUGUGGAGGCACAUAACAGUACACCUAGAAACUACUUUUGCUCCUAUUGCAUUUAAAACAAACACUGGUCUGGCUCUAGUUUUACAUUUUUACUAUGUACAUAAUAGAGAGUGUACUAUUAGAUAUAUAUUUUGCAGUAUUUACAGCACAUCUUUGGUGAGAAUGUAAACAAGAUAUAUUUUAUCUAUACAUAAGGAAAAUCACUUUGAAAUCUACUGUGUAAACAGUGUAUCCAGAAAGAGCUCUCAAAUGCAAAUAAAUUGUUGAUCCAAGAUAUUUACAUAGCUAUUGUAUGCUUAUGUCGUAUAAUAACUGACACCUUUUUUAUUCUGCAUGUUCAACAACCAAGGCUACAAUCUGCACAAUAAAAGCUGUUUUAAUAGAAA